CGCCUCGCAUUGUCUCUCGUCGCACGUAUCUGUAUCUUCCGCAUCUCCGAGGCCUCGUUUAAUAGCUCCUCCUGCAACCACGUUCACGUUGAUACAACGCGCCGCAGCGCCUUGCCCGUGUGCCCGACUUCGCACCGUGUGCCGUCGCCGCUCGCGGAAUACAGCGUGAAGGUGUCCGCGCUCGCGCGUGCUUGUGCCUCUCUCUUCUCUUUCUCUCUCUUUCUCUCUGUGUGCCUCGCGCGCGCGAUUCCCGGUCGUGUGACGAUCGUCCAUCCAUCUUCCGUGACUUAUUCGAGGAAAAUUAACAUAACUUUUUCUCCCAUUUUUCUCAGUUUGCGCGCCCACGAGCAAACACGUGACUCUCGCAGCGCCUGCCGAAAAUCGAGCGUCUUACUGACGCGGCGCGCGCGCGCGCGACCGAAUUCGGAAGUCCGCUCGCCCCUCGCGACGCGACGAAACGUAACGUAACGUGACGUGACGUGACGUGACGUGACGUGACGUGACGUGACGUGACGUGAUCGUCACCGCCACCAUCUACGGAUCUCUUCACGCCAACCGACGACCGUGUCAAUUGAUCCGGCCUCUUCUAUCGAUCGACGACAACCGAGAAGAGAAUCCCGUUCUCGCCUCGUCUUGUCAUCGGAGAGGAGGGAGACAAUCAUCCUGAAAUCAACCAUGGAGGCUCGCAAGCCGGAGCAGGCCGGGCAAGCCACGAUCUCCGACGCUGUCGUCGUCGCCGCGAGGGACAAACCGGAAACGAACAAGAAAUUACCGGCCAGAUCCGACGAUCUCGCGCAAAUACCACUGAUGCAGUGUGGCUCUCUGGAGAUCGGCGAGGAACGCCAGCGUCGGGUCGCUAUGAUGGAGUCGCUCUGCCAGGUGACCGGCAGUAAGACCAACGGCAUCGGCAAUGGAGAUAUUAACAACGAGACCAACAAUAACAAUGCGAACAAUAAUAAUAACAACAACAACAACAACAAUACCCACAACAAUAACAAUAACAACAAUAACAACAGCAAUGCCGCUGAUUGUCCGGAUCCUCAGCAAAGGUUGGCGGUGCUGAGCUUUGAGCAGGUACGCCGCCUGAACGAUGUGAUGAACGAAGUCGUCAGCAUUCAUGGCCGAGGAAACUUUCCUACCUUGGAGGUUCGACUGAGGGAUCUCGUGACUGUGGUGCGCAGCAAGUUGGAAACGGAUCCCAGCAACGGGGGCGCCGGCAUGAGGGUACGCGACAUCCGAUUGAACGGCGGCGCCGCCUCCCAUGUGCUGGCUACCGAGUCCCAGCCCUAUAACGAUCUGGACCUUAUCUUCGCGGUCGAACUCUCUAGCGGUCGUAACUACGACAAGGUCAAGGCCGCGGUGCUUGGCUCCCUGUUCGACCUGCUGCCGGAGGGCGUGAGCCGCAAACGCAUCACCACGUGCAGCCUGAAGGAGGCCUACGUUAGCAAGAUGGUGAAGGUGAACAACGACGGCGACCGGUGGUCCCUGAUCUCCCUCGGCAAUUCGCGGGGCCACCGAAAUGUCGAGCUCAAGUUCGUCGACUCGAUGAGACGGCAAUUCGAGUUCUCCGUCGAUUCCUUCCAGAUUGUCCUCGACUCUUUGCUGCUGUUCUACGAGUGCAGCAAGCUACCGAUCGCCGAGAACUUCUAUCCGACCGUGGUGGGCGAGUCCGUCUACGGGGAUUUCCAGGAGGCGCUUUACCAUCUGCACAAGAAGCUCAUCUCGACGAGGCAUCCCGAGGAGAUACGCGGUGGCGGCCUGCUCAAAUAUUGCAACCUAUUGGUGAAGAUGUACAAACCGUCUCAGCCGGAUUACAUCAAGACCCUCGAACGGUACAUGUGUUCGAGAUUCUUCAUCGAUUUCCCGGACAUAGGACAGCAGCGCUCCAAACUCGAAAAUUACCUAUGGAAUCACUUUGUCGGGCCCGAGGAGGAGGCCCUCAAGUAUCAGUACCUGAUGCUGCUACACAGCGUCGUCGAAGAAUCUACGGUAUGCCUGAUGGGCCACGAGCGACGGCAGACCCUCGCCCUGAUCCAGAAUCUUGCCUACCAGGUGCUCUGCCAGGAGCAGCAGCAGCGGCUGACGAGCCAUCAGCAGGCGCCGCAAGGUCCGCCUGCUACCUACGUCUACGCCAACGGCUAUUACUACGCGCCCGUGAUACCAACGGCGGCGUGCUACACGUGCACCUGCAACUGGAUGGCAUGCUCCUCGUGAUGCGACGAUAUCGGCGAUAACGUCGUAUCCGUAGACGUCGCCACCGCUACCGCAGAUACCAUCGCGGCCACCGAUUGUUGCUGCUUCAACCGACUCAACCACAUCGAUUCUUACAGCCGUUGGUAUCAGAGGUACGAGUGCGGAUUUUGUUACCUCUGCUCUUACGGCCUUUACUGUCCUCUCGAAGAUCCCGGAGACUUUUGUUGCACCUGCGGCCCCUGCGCGGCCACCGAAAAUGUGGAGGGGAACAACCUCGAUCACUCCGUGUCCAACGUCAAAGAAUCGAAGAUCCUCAGUUGACGUUCGUCAGGGUGAUGCGAGUUUGAACGCAAGACCGGUAUACCAAGAAAGUCGUCCCUUCGGCGUCGGGGAUGAUCGUCGGCAGACGCGGUAACGGAAUCGAAAUAGGCGACGUGCUCGGACGGCGAACGUACGAUAUCAUCGACGGUGUGAGAGGAGGUAGGCAAGGCAAAACGGGGGCGCGAAAUUUUCUCAUCGCGAGUCUCCGGCCUUCCGUCGCGAGUGCUGCUCUUUCUAGCCACUCGUAAACGUAAACUCGGUGGCGGUCGCUGUAGCGAAGUUAGGACCAAACGCUGAUACCGGUUACGGUUGCGGUGUGAAACAACCAAAAGACUAUAAAGACUACAGAAACGACGUGUUGUGCCUAAAAACAAAAGAAAAAAAA